GUAUGUUAAAAACAAGAAACAAAAUAUUUUUGCGAGUGAAGAUCUGAUCGCGAUGAAAGCGAUAGAUCUUUUAGCGGAAAGUAUUAUCAAAAUUGAAGAGAUCAAAGAAGAGCCAGUGGACAACAAAGAAAACUAUUGCUGGAAUUCCAUUGUUAUCCUCAACCCCAUAAUGAGAUAUGUAAUGAAUGAGGAGUUGGAGCCUCCACUUGCUGUGUUUGUUCAGCCAGUGGAGGACCAAGGAGGAGCUUGUAUUGAAAAAACAAAGGAUCCUCUUGCGGCGUGUUGUGAAGGUGCUUCUGUUGCAACAAUGAAACCAGAAACUGUUCCAUGUUCCCCAGUGAAGCUGCCAGCCCUGUUACCGUCGAGGAUUCGCCGCAGCAGACGACGUUAGCAACGGUCGGCGCGUAACGGCUGGGAGGAGAAGACAACCGAACGCCCAGUUCGACGUUUCUUCGACACCGCGCGCGCUGUUCCGGAAGGGCCUGGCAAAGAGCAACGGACGAUUCCGCGAACAGGCGCGUCUUCUGCCGCUCCAACCGGUAACUCACACCAGACUGCAACCGCUGGCGCAAACAACCUGAGUGCCUUCGGACGCCGGACCCCGACCGAACCACAAAGAACCCCCUUCCAAGCCCCCCUCAUGAUGCCUCACCCGGCAAGGACCAUCGGCUCCCCUUUAAUUACCGCCCCAUUAGCCUUCUCCCUAUCCUCAGUAAAUUUUUUGAAAAAAUCCUUCUCUCCAUUACACCCAUCCUAGAACGAAUCAUUAGCAUUUCCCAAUUUGGCUUCCGAGAGGGUCGCUCUGCCGCUCUGCAAACCCUCAACCUAUUCUUAGCAAUAGCCGCCCCCCUCGAAGACCGAAAAUAAAUCCCUACCGCCCUAACAGACCUAACCCUAGCCUACGACUCCGUCUUUCACCAUAUCUACUGAUGAAAAUUUGCCCAUUUCUUCCAAACCACAUUCUUUCACCGCUCGAGAGUUACUUUCACAAACGUUCCUUCCACAUCCGUCACCUUUCCACAACCUCACCCAAUUACCCUAUCCCAGCCGGCGUCCCACAAGGAGCCGUGCCUUCACCCAUCCUUUUCUCCAUUUACGUCAAUGACAUCCCACCCACUCCUGGAGUACAAAUCUUCCUCUAUGCCGAUGACUGCCCUCCUUAUAUGUUUCCGCUCCUUAACCCGAUCUCUCUACAAACUGCAACAGGCAAUACUCAUUCAAGCUCUGGGUUCCCCAAACAACAUAACCCAUCCAAAUCCCAAGCAAUUCUCUUCUUCAAUAAAAGACAACCUUCCAAUCCUUCUAUCACCUAACCUUCUCCCAACGUCUCUGGUCCAACCCCAUUCUCGAAAUAACUAUCAAAACUAAUCGAAUCACAGCAGCACUAAAUCCUAUCCUUACACAAUUACCCUCUUAGCCAGAAAGAAAAUCCAAACCUACGACUGCUACAUCCGUCCUAUGCUAUCCCACGCCCACCCCACUGCGCCCUGGUGCGCCACCUCCCAAAGAAAUCGAAUAAAAAUAAUCCAAGCGAAAA